AUGGCCUUGCUUUCAAAGGCAGAACAAUCAUACAUCCAGCAAGCCUUACUUGCCGAUUCGCCGCAAAGAAUCGACGGACGUGACUUGACAGACUAUCGCAAUAUUGCCCUCGAAACUGGCGUCGCCCCUCUUGCCAAUGGAAGUGCCCGAGUAAACAUCGGCCGGCAGCGCGAUGGAGGCGGUGGAACUGAGGUGGUGGCUGCAAUCAAACUGGAGGUGGAGGACGCGAGUGAUCGCGAUGAAGACGGCGUAGAUGAAGCGGAAGUCGAAGGCAGGAUCAUCGGUGCAGUCUCUUGCUCUCCUGCUGCCUAUCCUCAUCUCUCGUCAAACGCCGUUGAUGACCUCCAGCACGAUUUGACAGCAGUCUUGCAUAGUGUCUUGGCUCAUCCGACUUUGCGUCCUAAAAACCUUACCAUUGUGCCGGGCAAGAAGGCCUGGGCCGUGCACCUUGAUGUGGUCGUGUACUCCGAUGCGGGCAACGUCUGUGACGCGAUCUUUAUGGCUGCACGCGCUGCACUAUGGGAUACGAAGGUGCCAAAGACACGAAGCGUCGAGUAUCGUGCCCUAGGACGGAAAGGAGAUCGCGAAGACGACGCAAUGGAGGUAGACGACGGGGUACAAAAGAGCGGUCUCGAUACUCGGACGAAAAGAUCUGUCUCAACGAAGGCGGAUUUCGAGUUGACCGACUACUGGGACGAGGGAGAAAGCCUUGACGGAAGGGAGGCAUGGCCUGUAUGCGUCACGCUGAACAUCUUACCUUCUGUUCACUUCCUCGACGCAACACUAAAAGAAGAGAUAUCGGUUCCACUGCGUCUACAUGCCAUGUUCUCUUUCUCUGCCGGCGGGAAAGCCUCGCUACGAUCAUCAAGACUCAUAGGGAUGCAAACAACAGAUAUGAAAACGAUGAACUCCCUCUUACAAGAGGGCCAAAAAUAUGCUCAAAAUAUUUGGAACGCGCUGGAAUCCAAGCUCGUAGCAGAAGACACGAGGCGGAACCACGAAGCCAGGGAGCGGUUCCAGAACAGGUGA